GAAGGGAGCGGGGGCGCCCUCCGGGUCCUCGGUCGCUGCCCGCUGUGCGGAGAUCACCGUGCGGUCAGGACGUGCCUCCUGCUGAAUACCCUGCGUGGACCUGCAAGCGCUGGGCGAUCUUGAGGUGCCUACAGGGGCGUCAGGGAGGUGAACAGACUCUACGGGGGAGCGCGGACUUUGCUUUGGCAGCUGCAGCUCCCGGCGUCGGUGGGCCCGGCCGGCGGCGUCUGCCUCCUCCCGUGGCUCGCAGCGCUGGACCAUGAGGAACACCAGCAAGGAGCUGCAGGGCGCCACGCACCGCUAUGCCCCCUGCGAUUGGUAUUACCACCUCCCCAUGAAGAGGUCUGAGAAGACCGUGAAUAUCCCACCAGCGUCCCAGAUCCCAGGGCUCAACAAUUUGGGAGACUCACACAAUGGGAACACGCUUGGAAUUCGGAGAUAUUGGAUAAAAGAAACAGACUCAGAAUAUGUGAAGCUUGCAAAACAAGGCGGCAGGCCUGAUUUGUUGAAGCACUAUGCCCCGGGGACCAGGAAAGGUUCCCCGGUCACCUAUUCUCUGCCAGAUUGGUAUAUUCACCACAGCAAGCCACCGACGGCCAGCCAGCGAGAAGUGCCAGCCGUCUCCGUGCCAGAUUACAUGGUUUAUGAAGAAUUUAACCCUGAUCAGGCCAACGGUAGCUAUGAAUCCAGAAGAGGGCCCUUCGACUUUGACAUGAAAACAGUUUGGCAGAGAGAGGCCGAGGAACUUGAAGAGGAGAAAAAAAAGGUGAGGCUACCAGCCAUUAACUCAAAGUAUCUGAGCAAAGUGGGGACCCCUCUUGGCCAUAAAGACCCUGCAGGAAGUAGACUCUCCUUUCCUCCAAUGCCUGGUCAAAAAAGCAGUUCACCAACAAACUUUUCCAAACUUAUUAGCAAUGGUUAUAAGGAUGAGUGGUUGCAGCAGCAGCGAGCUGAUUCAGACAAGAGGACCCCAAAGACAUCCAGGGUGUCAGUGUCAUCUCAGUCCACCCAAGACCUUGAAGGGCCCCAGGAUGCAGAGACACUGCAGAACACAGAAGCUCCUGAAGGCUCUGAGAAAGUCCCAGGAUCUUCUCCAAGCCCAGAAUCAGCUACAUCCUCAUCACAACAGCCGAACUCAAAUAAACCCUGAUGUGAUAUAUAUUUAUGAUAACUUUGUAAAUGACUAAAUAUGACUACUUCACAGAUAUAUUUAUAAGGCUCCUGUUAUAUUUUACUGAUACAUAUUCGUAUGGAACACUGUCUUGCAGCAGAUUUGACAUUAUGGUAUAGACAGAGCAAGUGUUGGUUUUUUUCUUGCAUUUCUCUGGGAUGGUAAACAGGUGGUCAAUAAAUACAAUUGAGGCCUCUGA